AUGCCUGGAGGACGAGGGGCGAAGAAGAGUGGACGCGGUGACGGAGGACGCGGUGAGGCGUCACGUCAGUCGCGUCGUGUUCAAGGUAUGGAGCCUGAGGAGCACAAGGACCUGGAAACAGUCGUCCGCGACGCUCGGAAGGCGAAGAAGGCUGCUCGCGAGAGCGAGGCAGUGCAAGGUGGGGACGGCGAGGCGUCUGCAGUCCAAGGUCAGCCUGCUGUUGGAUCGCAAACUCAGGAGGAAGAGGUUUCCCCUGAGUUCCAAGGUUCGACGGAGGUGAAUUCUGGGUCGCCGAUUCCUGAAGUCCCAGAGGAGCACACCCGCGAGGGUGGUGCUCAGGCGUCUGAGGGAGGCGCCAAUGCGGUUGAGCCCCCGGAGGUGAUUGACUUGGUCUCAUCUUCGGACGAGUCUGUUAUGGAAGUGAAACCGGAGUCCGUGCGAGCGAAGGAGGAGGCGAAGAACCAGAGUUCCAAGGUGAAUUCUGGGUUCGCACCACCUGAACCCAGAGUCUCAACGCCAAGUUCGCAGGCGGCACCCAGGAAGACGCCUGAAAGCGACAUCCGGGAAGCUGCUGCGCCUGCUCCGGAAUCGGGAGCAGCGGCGUUGGACGCCGGGAGCAUGGUGCUGUACGUCCGACGUGAAGUUCGACGCUGGGAAGAGGUGAAUCCUGGGAAGGUGACGCCGCCAAGUGUCGUUUAUGAGUGGCCGACUCCGAAACCGGAUGCCAACUCGUACUUCGCGGCCGCGUACGCAACGGGAGACUACUUCAAGUGA